CAAUAAAAUCUAUCGCAUAGAAACAGGUGUGUCACGCAUAUCUGUUAUACUCUGUUCUUGCUGCAGGGAAGUUGUAAUAUCUGAUCAAAGAUGAGGAUUCUUUUAAUUAUUGUUGUGAUUUUUGCUUUCUUGGCUUUGAUUGAUGCUCAGGCGAAAGUGAAGGCUAAAACAUGCAUCACGAAAUGUGCAAAGAACAUGCUUGGCUACUUCCAGUCAUGUGAGUCUUGUGAAGCCUACGUCACCUGUGUUUUCCGAGUGAAAUAUGACCGCAAAUGUCCAGGGACACUUAAAUGGAAUGACAAAACCAAGGAAUGCGACUUCGUAACACCAACCUGCGAAAAGAUUUGAUUGACAUUUACAAUAAAGCAAAAUUCUUUGAAAGCA